AUGUCCUACCUAUUCACCAGCACCUGCACCAUCUCCGCGGCUCUGCGAUCUUUCGUUGACAGUUAUCUAUCCACACGUCAAUCCAGCUCUGAAAACCAAGGUGGUGGGAUUCCUACCAAAUACUUUACUCAUAUCCACCCACUUAACAAAGCCGACGAGAACGAUCCUCAUUAUAUACCAGCGAAAGAAGGGGUUGAGUCUGAUCUAGGAUGGACGGUGGAUGAUUUGAUCAGAAUUAGGAAUACCAAGAUCAAUCAAAACACGCCCACGAAUGAUCUGAUGACGAGAAGUAUGGGUUCUUUCGCCAAUUCAUGGGCUAGGAAUUACCCCGGUAUUUCGUUUGUCACCAACACACCCAAUGACAAGAUUGUGAGGGAGGUUUCUACUGGAAUACACGAGGAAGGUCUGGUAUGCCUUCUAGACGAGGCGGGAGAAGAUGGCCGUGAUUCCGAUAGAAUUUAG